AUGCAAUUAUUCAAUGGCGCACCCUCAGCUCCAGUCGGAUCACCUGAUCAGCAACCACCUGCACCAGCUGCACCGGAUACACCGACAGCUCCAGGAGCACCUGCAGCACCAGACGCACCACCACCAGCUUCAGCAACACCAGAUUCGCCUGCCACCACCAAGUCAACUGGACGUCCGAAACCAUCGAGGAGAGAAACAAGAACAGCCCACCCACCCAGAUCACCACCACGUGCUCGUAUCGUACUAAUUUUCACCCUCACUGUUAACUAUCUUGGUGUGACAUACUGUGACGAAGAUGCAGCCGCAAAACCAACUGAAUCUGCUCAAGCACCAGCCUCUGUGCCUACAAAGUCUGAAUCCUGUACCCCUGGCAGAGGGAAACCUAGGAGAGACUGGAUGAAAGUGUAUGGCUUGAAAAAGGCGAAAAAAGAAUGA